CUCAACAUAGCUCAUUGAUCCACCCACCGCCCGCCAAUUAGUUCCCUCAACCAGUCAGUGUCAGAGUGGUGACCUCUCCGCCGCCCUCCGAACAGCCUCAAGCAUCACCCGCCAGAACUCCUGCAGGUCCAUGUCGGUGCACACCUGCACGUUGGGCGUCUUGUGCGUCAGGUUGAAGAAGUCGCACACCGUCUGCCCGGCUGUCAGACUGGAUGCCAUCUCGAUGUCCACUCGGAUCUUCUUGUGAGUGAAGCCUUUGCCCUUGCUGAUGGCGCACCACAUGGCACACGGGUCGUGCAGCGGGGGCUGGUCGAAGGCGAAGACGCGGCUGUAAGUGGACGAGAAGAAUGUCAGGAGGGACACACAGCAGGACGAGAAGGGGCCGCCCAUCUGGAGAGGGAGGGAGGGAGGGAGGCAUUGGUGUGUGAAAAUGAGAGUCUGUGUGUGUGUGUGCGUGUGUGUGUGUACCUGCUUGAUUGUCUGCAGGUGCUCCUGAGUGAGCAAAGCUGGACAGACAGACAGACAUGUGCAGUGCACGAUGGCAGGCAGGCAGGCAGGCAGGCAGGCAGAUUUGCGCAAGUUGAGUUGUAGGCAGGCCUGGCCUGCAUACCAUAGACACCUUACCUUUGUGUGUGACCUCUAGCGGCACCAUCCAGACGUCAAGCCCGCUCUCAAACACAAUGUGGGCCGCCUCUGUGGUGCAAAUGAAUGAGGGGAGGGAUGGAUGGGCGGAUGGGCGGACGAGUCAGUCACACAGACAGACAACGCACCGUACCGUACCGCACCGCCCACCACACCACACUCACGCACCCUGACCUGGAUCGAUCUGGAUGUUCCACUCCAUAACAGGGCCGGUGUUGCCCAAACCUGCAAUCAAGACAGACAGACAGACAGUGCACACACACCACACACACACACACGCGUUCGUUCAUUCGUUCGUUCAUUCAUUCAUUCAUUUCGCUUACCCAUGGCGCCCCCCAUCAUGACGAUCCUGUCUACCUGAGGCUUCACCUGUAUGCACCACAACCACCACGUGCAGUCGUCAUGUGCAGUCGUCGGUCAUGUGCAGCCAGUCGACGGCCUUUUUCUCCCUGAUUCUGUCUGCCUGUCUGUCUGCCUGUCUGCCUGUCUCUCUGUCUUCCUCCCUGUCUUACGUGUGGAAGACCGAUCGAGUGACCUCAGGAAAGAGAGUUAGAAGCAGAGCGAUGUUCGUCAGACAACCUGCACACAGACACACACACACACAAACCUCAUUCAUUCAUUAAACCUCAUUCAUUCAUUCAUUCAUUUGAUUGAUGUGCAAGCUAAGGUGCCCACCCACCGGUGGCUGCAAUGGUGACCUUCCCCUCGUUUCCCAUUAUCCUGCACGCACACAGACGGACCGACACACACAGGUGCCUGCCACCAUGCCAUGCCAUGCGUGUGUGUGGUCGCUCCCUCUCUCCCUCCCUCCCUCCCUCCCUCCCAUCCCACCACACACACGCACCUGUCUGCCAUUGCCAUGACGGCCUUCUCUGUCCGCACCCCCUUGUGCGGCUGCGGGAAGGCAAACCCAUCUAGACCACUCUCGCCAUGGAUCUCGGGACUGCUCACACACACAAACCGCACACACCCAUCCCAUGCUUGUGUGGCUGAUACAUAAUCCCGUGUGCACUGCGUGUGUGUGUGUGUGGGCACCCAUACCAGAUGGCCGCCUUGCGGACGAGCGGCGCCGCUUGGCCCCGGUACACAUCUGUGUGUAUUUGCGGCCAACGCAUUAUGCGCAGAAAUGACCGAACUGACUGACUGACUGACAGACUUACCGACGUCCUCAACUCCACAAGCAUGCAGCCAAUUCAGCGCAUUGCCAGCCGUCUUGUCCACCUGCAUUGCACCGACAGACAGCACAAUUAACCACCACCCCUACCACCAAGGGAGAACGAGUGACUGAAGGAAUGCAUGCUUCCAUUCAUCCGCACUGACCGUUUGGUUGCCGUGCACUGUGGACACGCCCAGCAGGUUGACAGCGAUGGGUGGCGGCGGGUAGCACGCCAGCGUCAGCCCGAAACAAUCGUCGUGACCCGGAUCUGUAGGCACAAGUGUCAUGUCAUGUGAGUGGUGAUGGCAUGAGAUCUCAGCAUGGAUCUUUCAAUCAGGUCGUUGGUGUGCCUCACCGCAGUCAAUCCACAUGUCCACACGCUUUUUGGAGCUCUCCAUCUCAGCGUACCGCACCUUCG